GUUCCAGUAAAAGAGCACCACCUGCCAUCCCCAGACCCAUCAGCUUUGCUUUGACCAUGCGAGGGAGGGAUGACAGUGGCCGCUCCGCACUUUCCUUAUAUUAUGGCGUCCACCGGAAAAGGAACGAAGAGUAAACACGGCAAGGUCUCUGCAACCAGAACGGCCAUGGCGAAGCAUGCGUCCCCCUCUCUGCCAUCUUGUUCUUGAGACAAGGAAGGGAUGAUCGAAGAACAGAGCAGAGAGGAAAGUUAGGAAGAGAGGGAAAGCUGAAGUGCAUACAUCUCUCUUCUUCCUGUCCCAACAAAAGGAUCAGAACGCAAGCAGAGGAAGAUGGAUUCCGCCGAGCGUGGCGAACACGAGAACGAUAUCCAAGUAGAUCUCGAUGCCGAUUCAACCGGCACCAGAAUGCGGCUCGUGGAUUACAUUCCCAUCUACGUUCCCACGGUGGAACAGGGGCUGAUGAAUCAAAGCCACCGCCACAAGAGAAGAUUUCUGGACUUCCUCAAAGCUCACCCAUCGAAAGAUUGGUUCCUCCGGUUCGGGUUCGUCGGAAGACUCUCACCCUUUUCCUUCUUGCGACGCAGUGGGAAUCCAUCCGAUGGCCGCCGCCUGCGUCGUUUCCGUGUGCCGUUUGUGAGGAAGAUCAACUGGGGAGCUCUGAUCCGAUACUUCAAGAACUGGAUAAAGAAACCUGUGAACGUAGCUCUUCUUAUCUGGUUGAUCUUUGUGGCGGCAGGGCUUCUGAUGCUGUUCCUCUUGAUGACGGGAAUCCUCAACGGAGCCAUUCCCAGCAGCUCCAACAGAAAGAAAUGGACGGAGAUCGUCAACCAGAUUCUCAACGCCCUCUUCACCAUCAUGUGCAUAUACCAACACCCCAAGCUGUUCCACCACCUGGUGCUUCUCCUCCGGUGGAAAUCGGUCGACAGGGUGGAGCUCAGGACGGUGUACUGCAAGGACGGAUCUCAUCGAGUUCACGAGAGGGCUCACAUAAUGCUGGUUGUCUUCCUCCUCCACAUCACUUGCUUCGCCCAGUACGUCCUCUGCGGCCUCUACUGGGGGUACACGAGGAACACGAGGCCGGACUGGGCCGAGAACCUCUGCAUCGGCAUCGGAAUCGCAGCUCCGGUGAUCGCCGGUGUUUACACGGUCUUCAGCCCGCUGGGAAGGAAGUACGAGGAGCCUCAAUCCGUCCACGAAUCUCGAAGCCAACGGGAUCAGCCGGAGCUGAAGAUAUACAACAGGCGGGUGGUGGUCACCAGCCCCGAGUGGAUCGGAGGGCUGUUCGACUGCUGGGACGACCCAACCGUGUGCUGCGCCUCCUUCUUCUGCACCUUCUGCGUGUUCGGGUGGAACAUGGAGCGGCUUGGGUUCGGCAACAUGUACGUCCAUAUCGCCACCUUCAUACUGCUCGUCGUCGCCCCUUUGCUGGUCUUCAGCGUCUCCGCCCUCAACAUCGACGACGACACCAUAAGGUACAUCGUGGGGAUCUUCGGUAUCGUGGUCUGUGUUUUCGGGUUGCUCUACGGCGGGUUUUGGAGGAUUCAGAUGAGGAAACGAUUCAAGCUUCCCGCAAAUCCUUUCUGCUGCGGGUACCCCUCGGUGACGGACUGCGUGCAUUGGCUGCUCUGUUGGUCGUGUUCUUUGGCUCAGGAGGUGAGGACGGGGAACUUCUAUGACGUCAAGGAAGACAGCCUCUGCCGGAAGGCGGCGGACGAGGAAGGCCGGCCGGUGCUGCUUCCUCUGCCACGGGAAGGAGGGUCGGGAUUCAUGGUCACAUCCAGCGGCGGCGAUGACUACCCUCGAAGGAGCUACUCCUGCCCACCCAAAGUCGACCCCACGAGUCUGCAAGCUUACGCUGAUGCCACUUCGACAUGGCCGUCGUUUACCAGAUCCUCUACGUGCGGGAAGAUCCAUGCGAUGAGACCACCUACUCCGGCGUUGAUCCAACUGGACGAAGCUUAGACAGCUCACGCAAACAAGCAUGCACGCUCGUUCAGCGCCGGCACACGCGUACAGGAGCAGAUCCAUCAUCAUGAACUGGGCAUCUGCUCCCGGUGCAAGAUUUAGGGCCUUCUUCUCCUCUGUUGGCAUGUUUGAGUCCAUCAGUCAGAUGCAGAAUUCUUUUUGUGAUCCUACAAAUUACAAAGCUUUCCCAAAUCCUUCUGUAACAUAAUUUUGGUCUUACAAAUAAUAAAGAGCUUAUAAUUCUGUA